AGGUCACUCCCUACCGCUGCGUUCUGGAGGGCCAGAUCUCUCUCGAGAGGGCGCUUCUUAUCUGUCAGACUUGGGAGGAAGGAGCAGCCCAUAGCUGUCUUCGAAAAUCGGCUCCUCUCUAUAGAAGCCAAAAUCCAUCGAUCUUCGUUCUUCACAAUGCAAUGGAACGUACCAAAGACUGUAUUCCGACUGGGACAUAGGACAUUCAUGGAACCACAUAAAGCAGGUCUUUUUGGACUCUGUCAAAACAUAAAGGGACCAUUGCUUUUGUAUAACUCGGAAUCCAGAGUGGUUUUGGCACAGGGCCCUCAGAAGCGAUGGCUGCUCUUACCUGCUGCUCAGUGUUCUGCAAAGGAAAGGAAGCCAUUCACUGCUCACCCACCCCAACCAGGGGUCCUUCACCACAAGCAGCGGGAGCACAAGCUCUUGCCCAAGAGGGUUCUGUCAUCCAGUGCCAUGUCCCCAGGAACUCCCUCGAAAAAGGAAGAGCCUGAUCCUUUACAAGACAGAUCUAUUAGUCUUUAUCAACGGUUUAAGAAAACAUUUAGACAAUAUGGAAAAGUUUUGAUUCCAGUGCAUCUAAUAACUUCUGCUGUUUGGUUUGGAACAUUUUAUUAUGCAGCCAUAAAAGGAGUGAAUGUCGUUCCUUUUCUAGAACUUAUUGGGUUACCUGACAGCGUAGUAAACAUUCUGAAAAAUUCCCAGAGUGGAAAUGCACUAACAGCAUAUGCCCUGUUUAAGAUUGCGACGCCUGCAAGGUACACCGUGACCUUGGGAGGGACCUCCUUCACUGUGAAGUACCUGCGCAGCCAUGGCUACAUGUCGACGCCGCCUCCUGUGAAGGAGUACCUGCAGGACAGGAUGGAGGAGACCAAGGAGCUGCUCUCAGAGAAGAUGGAGGAGACCAAGGACAGACUCACUGAAAAACUGCAAGAAACCAAAGGAAAGGUUUCCUUAAAGAAAAAGGUGGAAUAGGGGGCCUCAUAGGCCAGGUUUAUAGACAAUUCCUGCACUUUAACCCUUUGGAGACUAUGGGCAGAGAUUCAUGCUCCUGAUUAUUUUUUUGGUUAGCAGCCUAAAUAUAGCAGAUCUCUGAGGGUUAAAGAACUAAUAACUUUUCAAAGGUAAACAUCACUAGAAAAGUCAGUGUUUUUUAAAAGAGAAAUGAACCCAGCAAAAGAAUUCCACAGUAGCAGCGGUAAGCAGUGGUCUGCGUUGCCAGAGCCCUCCUCCUUUUGUUUUUAGUUGCAGCUGUAAUUCAUGCAGACGAGGCAGCCUGGGAGCAGGUGGUACGGCCCUAGGCAGUUUUAAUACUGCGUCUUCAUCUUUGUUGUUCAUUGAGGUUUAACUAUAUUCCAUUCUCAGUGUGUAGACAAACUGUUAACAGAACUGCCUACUAAAUAAGAGAUAUUUAGUCUUUCUCUAAAAACAGUGUAUAACAGUAUUUUAACAUCUAGUUAUGUGGAUUUCAUAUGAAAAAAGCUGAAUGAAAAUUGAGUCGUAUAUGUGAAGAAGAUAUAUUGGUUAUGUGUAAAUGAAAAAAUUGACCCUUUAAAAAUGAUUUUUACCUGAAGCUUGUCAUAAUCAAAUUUCUUAAGCAAGUCUGCGUGGUCACAGCACUUUCUCACUCAGAACGUAAAACUCUGUUGUUCCUGCACCAUGUUGUCUCCAGCUGCCCUCUCAGAGGGAAAGGGAGAAUCGUCAGAAUCCAAUUUCUUUUGGAGAUCAAACACCCUCAGCGGCACCUGAGCUUGUGGUUCUCAGCAGUGUGGGUUUGAGGAUGAAGACUGUGUCUCCACCAGCCAGUCUGUCUUGAUUUUAUUGUGGAGUCAGUGUUAAGAUUGUAGCUCGGCUUUUCCCUUGCACUGAAACAUCCUUGCUUGAGCAUUUUACUUGAAUUUCUUUAAUCACAAAGCUGUCAUUAAAUUAUCUGCUUAGAAUGAAAUUGACUGUCAGGUGUGAAAGUUGCCACAAUUGUGUGGGUGUGUUCGAGGAUGUGUGUAUCUAUUUCCUUUUGCUCUAACUGCCCUUACUUCACUUCUAACCUUUGAAUGGAUGCUGGAAGAGGGAGCAGUCUCUUGUAGACUGCUCUUGAUUGGAUGAGGAAAGAGAAUUCCGAGGGCUUGUAGGAAGCAACCCCUCAGAUCUCACUGCUGUGCCACAGAAUUUCGUGUUAAGUAUUGUGUGGCCAAACUGAGAGAGUGCUUUAAAGGGAAAAAAAAGUUUACGUUUGAUGCACCUCAUCAGCCUUUGGGGACACUUCUUAAAUGAAUACACUCUGGUGAACUCUUUCUUUGUGCGGGUGGGCAGACAGGUGCAGGGCAGGGCUCACUGCCGCACUCAGCCUCCUCAGGCAGGAUGGCUCCUGAUACAGCCCAGGGUGUGAUUUCAAAUUGACAGCACAUUUUCAAAUCAAGAACCGUGAACAUGUUUUAGCCUGUUUAUUAAAUAACUCACAGUUUUGCAGAUACUAAAUGCUAAGAUAGCUAUUAAUAGGUUUCUUGUUUAUUUUUUUUAACAAAUUGUUACUGCCUGUUUUAAAAUCAUGUGUUAUGUGAAACUUUCUCCGUAAACAAACAAUUUCCUUUUACUUUUCACCUUGCACAGGGCAUGCUUUCCAAUGCAGACAAAUUGAGUGUCUUAGAAGCACUAAUAAUCCUGGGUGCCUGCCCUUGGCUUAUUAGCCCAUCUGAGAGUUGUUGCCAUCCAGUUUUACAAUUGUGUUCAUCCAGUUACAAAAAGUGAGAUGCUGGGGAGUGCUUUGUAAUUCUCUAGUAAAAAACUCUCUGAAGGCGUA